CAGUAGCUGAGAGCCGUCUCUCCCAACCUGUCCUCUUGGCUUCGCAGAGACUCUGAUGCGGUUGCGCACCCCGCCCUGAUUGCCAUGGAGACCGUUUGUACACAACUUCUCCCAUCCCCUCUACCCUGUCCCAAGUGAGGGCUGCAGGCGGGACCAGCGCCCGCCUGGGAGAGAGCCCACUGGGCCGGGAGGCCUGGGGCCCAUGAACAGCGGGGCCCCAGGGCCGCUGGCCGUGGAGAGAGUGAAAUUCUUCAGCCGGCACCGUGGGGAGGUCAACUCCUCCGCCUUCUCUCCGGAUGGCCAGAGGCUGCUGACAGCAUCUGAGGAUGGCUGUGUGUAUGGCUGGGAGACCCAGAGCGGGCAGCUGCUGUGGAGGCUGAGUGGCCAUGCAGGUCCCGUGAAGUUCUGCCGCUUCUCCCCUGAUGGCCGCCUUUUUGCCACUACCUCCUGUGACUGUACCAUCCGCCUGUGGGAUGCAGCAGAAGCUAAGUGUCUGCAUGUCCUAAAGGGUCACCAGCGGAGCGUGGAGACGGUCAGCUUCAGCCCUGACUCGAAGCAGCUGGCGUCGGGCGGCUGGGACAAGCGGGUGAUGCUCUGGGAAGUGCAGUCCGGCCAGAUGCUGCGCCACUUGGGAGGGCACCCAGACGCCAUCCAGAGCAGUGACUUCGCACCCAGCUCAGACUUCCUGGCCACUGGCUCCUGGGACUCCACUAUUUGCAUCUGGGACCUGCGGAUGGAGACCCCCGUGAUCUCCCCCCACAAGCUGGAGGGCCACAGUGGUAACAUCAGCUGCCUGUGCUACUCGGCAUCUGGCCUCCUGGCUUCUGGCUCCUGGGAUAAGACUAUCCACAUCUGGAAGCCCUCCACCAGAAGCCUGCUUGUUCAGCUCAAGGGCCAUGUUACCUGGGUGAAGAGCAUAGCUUUCUCCCCUGAUGAGUCACAGCUGGCCAGCGCUGGCUACUCCCAUAUGGUCAAAGUCUGGGACUGCAACACAGGAAAAUGCAUUGAGACCCUGAAGGGAGUCCUGGAUGUGGCCCAUGCUUGCGCCUUCACCCCAGAUGGGAAACUCUUAGUGUCUGGAGCUGCUGACUAAGCAAGACGCCAAGUGCACUGCUCUAUCAAAUCACGCAGAGCCUCUGGGAUGUAACAUCACCACAGAUGGCUCUCAGAUCUUAAGCCUGCCUCUCCCUGCCUGGGGCACGCGCAACCUGGCAGAAUGAACUCAUGAAAGGACAGUGAGCGCACCUCCACACCACAGCCCCCAAACCAACCA